CAAAACCUCAAAGCCUUCCAUAGUGUUUGCCUAUAGAAGUAUAAACCUUAUCGUCUACUCUUAUCUCACAAGAACCAAACCCCUCGUUUGUUCUCUCCACAGAGAACUUUACUCCUUUCCAUUUCUCAAUCCUUCAAUUCUUUACAGUUGAGAAGCGGAGUUGUUGUUCUGGUUGUUGGCGCCAUGGAUUCUGAAGAAGCGGCGUCGUUUUCUCCUGCUGUCUCUUCUCCAGGUUCUUUUCCCAUCAACAAUUCUUCUUCUGCUUCUUCUAAUCUUACUGAAAUUGAAAAUGUCUCCAAAAUUAAUGUAGAAAUCACUGAUUCUGAUAUUAAUAGUAAUAGCAAUAGUGAGGGUAAAAGCGUUAGUGGUGUUUCAGGUGAUGUAACAAUUGUGGGUGGUCAGCAAGAAUUGCCAAUUCUUGCUGACCCAGAUGAGGGAACCCUAAAAAAAUCCAUUGGUGAAGAGAAGUUCAAUGAUUCCUUAGAGGGUUCUGCGGAAGUUUCGAUGCUGAAGUCAGAGAAGCCUAUUUCUGAGGUUUCUAUGAAUGAGGGUGUUGAAAAAGUUGAGGUUUUGGGGGAAGGAAAGGGUGAAGGAUUUGAGGAUUCUGGUGGGGUUAGUGAAGAUGUUGGUAGUUCUGUUCCUGUUAUUGGGAAUAGUUUACCUGAUUCUACUGCCUCUGAUGCCACCAAAUCACCUGGGACGGGAAUCGAGGGUUCUGAAGAAUUUGACUCAGUUGACAAGUCGAAUUCGAUUGAGAAGGUGAAAGAUAGUGGUGGUGAGGUCGCAGUAGGUGCAGAAUUGAAAGAGGGCGAGGGUAGGUCCACUCAGGAGGAGGUGAAAGAAACUGUGGAGGAUGAAAAGAGAGAUUUGAAAGAGGGUGAGGAUAAGUCUACUCAGGAGGAGGUGAAGGAGACUGUGGAGGAUGAAAAGAUAGAACUGAAAGAGGGUGAGGAUACGUCCAUUCAGGAGGUGGUGAAGGAGACUGUGGAGAAUGAAGCUUUAACUAGUGUUGCUUCAUCUAAUUUGAAGGAGGCUGAGGAACCUACCUCGGUCAUUGAAGAGAGUGCUAUUGCUUCAUCCAAUUUGAAGGAGGCUGAGGAACCUACCUCGGUCAUUGAAGAGAGUGCUAUUGCUUCAUCCAAUUUGAAGGAGGCUGAGGAACCUACCUCGGCCAUUGAAGAGAGUGCUAUUGCUUCAUCCAAUUUGAAGGAGGCUGAGGAACCUACCUCGGCCAUUGAAGAGAGAGCUAUACAUAGUGAUGAUACCGAAAAACCCAAGAAGGCUGUUGUUGAACAACCGUCAGAGUCUUUAUUGGCUGAAACAGAUGGUGAGAAGUUUACUUCCAAAGGAGAUGCAGUUGUGGAUGCUAUUGAAGUCAAUGUCUCAGGGAAAGGGGUUGCUGUUGUUGGAGAUGUGGAAGAGAGCAAGGAAAUGGAAGAACAUGUUGAAGGUACUACUGAUGAGAACGUGAUAUCAGUAAAUGGAGUUGGUGAGACCAGACAACUUAUUGAAGAAGUGGCUAAUAUGACAGUUGAUGAAGUAGAUGCACAGAACUCUAAGCCUGUGGUGGAUGAUAUUGUUGCAGCUGCAGAAUCAAAGCCUGUGGAUAAUAUUCUUGGUGCUGGAAAACUAGAUUCUGGAGACGUUCAGACUGGUGAUGUGGUAGCUGUUACUGAAGAAAUCAAAGAAGCUGAUCCUGAAACUGUUGAUAAAAGGCUGGACACCAAGGAUGUUGAUGUGGAACCUGAGCAGGCAGUGUCUGGAACUAUAUAUGCCAAUGGUGACCAUUCCGGAGAAAGCAUUGAGGGAGAUGUAGUGGAAGUUGAAAUCUCUGGUCAAACAUCUGCCAUAUCAAGGUCAAUCACUGGCUCAGAGCAAGAUGGAGAAGCUAAAGAUCAUAUAGAUGAAGAAGCUGACCUUGAAGGCUCAGUUUCAGAUGGAGAGACAGAUGGUAUGAUUUUUGGAAGCUCUGAAGCUGCCAAACAAUUUAUGGAGGAGCUGGAAAGGGAAUCUGGUGGUGGCUCCUAUACUGGUGCUGAGGCUUCGCAGGAUAUUGACGGUCAGAUUGUCACCGAUUCAGAUGAGGAGGCUGAUACUGAUGAAGAAGGAGACGGGAAGGAGUUGUUCGAUUCAGCUGCCUUAGCUGCCCUUUUAAAAGCAGCAACAGGUAGUGAUUCUGAUGGUGGCAACAUAACAAUCACGUCUCAAGAUGGAUCAAGACUAUUCUCUGUUGAACGUCCUGCUGGUCUUGGGUCAUCACUCCGGUCACUGAGGCCAGCUCCCCGACCAAGCCAACCCAAUCUUUUUACUCAUUCCAGUAUUCAGAACAGUGGAGAAUCUGAGAACAACUUGAGUGAAGAUGAGAAGAAGAAACUGGAGAAACUACAGCUGAUUAGGGUUAAGUUUUUGAGGCUUAUCCACAGGUUGGGGCUUUCCUCUGAUGAGCCCAUAGCUGCACAAGUUUUGUACAGGAUGACACUUAUUGCACGAAGGCAAAACAGUCCACUUUUUAGCAUUGAGGCUGCCAAGAUAAGAGCUCUCCAACUUGAAGCAGAGGGGAAAGAUGAUUUGGACUUCUCUGUGAAUAUCCUGGUUAUUGGCAAAUCUGGGGUGGGUAAGAGUGCUACCAUAAACUCAAUCUUUGGAGAGGAAAAAGCAUCAAUUGAUGCCUUUGGACCUGCUACCACCAGUGUGAAAGAGAUUAGUGGUGUUGUAGAUGGUGUUAAGAUUCGGGUAUUUGAUACACCUGGUCUCAAGUCCUCUGUGAUGGAACAGGGUUUCAAUCGCAGUGUCUUGUCUUCAGUAAAGAAGUUGACUAAGAAGAACCCCCCUGAUAUUUUCCUCUAUGUUGAUCGGCUGGAUGCCCAAACUAGAGAUCUCAAUGAUCUUCCUAUGCUAAAGACUAUCACAAGUUGUCUUGGCCCUUCAAUAUGGCGAAGUGCCAUAGUCACCCUCACACAUGGAGCUUCUGCACCUCCAGAUGGUCCUACUGGAUCCCCUUUAAGUUAUGAGGUGUUCAUUACUCAAAGAUCUCAUGUUGUUCAGCAGUCUAUUGGGCAAGCAGUAGGCGAUUUACGAAUGAUGAGUCCAAGUUUGAUGAAUCCUGUCUCUCUGGUAGAAAAUCAUCUAUCUUGUAGGAGGAAUAGGGAAGGACAUAAGAUACUACCUAAUGGCCAGAGCUGGAGGCCUCAAUUACUGCUAUUAAGCUACUCAAUGAAGAUCUUAUCUGAAGGAAGUGCACUUUCAAAGCCUGAAGAUCCAUUUGAUCACCGUAAGCUCUUUGGUUUCCGCACACGCUCACCACCACUUCCCUACAUGCUUUCCUCAAUGUUGCAGUCGCGUGCGCACCCAAAGCUCUCUGCUGAGCAGGGUGGUGAUAAUGGUGAUUCAGACAUUGACUUGUAUGAUUUGUCAGACUCUGACCAAGAAGAAGAAGAUGAGUACGACCAGCUUCCUCCCUUUAAGCCUCUUCGGAAGGCUCAGCUCGCUAAGCUCAGCAAAGAACAGAGGAAGGCGUAUUUUGAGGAGUAUGACUAUAGGGUCAAGCUCCUUCAGAAGAAACAGUUGAGAGAAGAGUUGAGAAGAAUGAAAGAAAUGAAAAGUAAGGGGAAAGAGGCGGCAAUUGACUAUGGCUAUGCAGAGGAAGAAGCUGAUGCAGGUGCAGCAGCUCCUGUAGCAGUUCCCCUCCCUGACAUGGUCCUCCCACCUUCUUUUGAUAGCGAUAAUCCCGCCUACAGGUACCGCUUCUUGGAGCCCACAUCACAGUUCCUUGCAAGGCCUGUUCUGGACACGCAUGGUUGGGAUCAUGAUUGUGGCUAUGAUGGUGUUAACGUGGAGCAGAGUUUAGCCAUUGCAAGUCGUUUCCCUGCUGCAGUUACUGUGCAAGUCACCAAAGAUAAGAAGGAUUUCAGUAUCAAUUUGGACUCUUCGAUUGCUGCUAAGCACGGAGAAAAUGGAUCAACCAUGGCUGGCUUUGAUAUUCAAAGCAUAGGAAAGCAACUUGCCUAUAUUGUCCGAGGAGAAACCAAAUUCAAAAACUUGAAGAAGAACAAGACUGCUUGCGGAAUUUCUGUUACAUUUCUAGGUGAAAAUAUGGUUACUGGACUUAAAGUUGAAGAUCAAAUCAUCUUAGGCAAGCAAUAUGUUCUAGUUGGCAGCGCUGGCACUGUUCGAUCUCAGAGUGACACAGCUUAUGGUGCGAACUUUGAACUGCAGAGGAGAGAAGCAGACUUCCCAAUUGGUCAAGUGCAGUCUACAUUGUCUAUGUCUGUCAUAAAGUGGAGAGGUGAUUUGGCUCUAGGGUUCAACAGUAUGGCGCAAUUCGCUGUGGGACGCAAUUCGAAGGUAGCUGUUCGAGCAGGAAUCAAUAACAAGCUCAGUGGGCAGGUAACUGUAAGGACAAGCAGUUCAGACCAUCUCUCUCUUGCACUUACUGCUAUAAUUCCAACUGCAAUUGGCAUCUACAGGAAGCUUUGGCCAGAUGCUGGCGAGAAGUACUCAAUCUACUAAAUUUCAUUCUCAUAUCAUCAGCAUUGCAUUUUUGGUUCAUUAGACCUUAUAUUAAGGCAUAUUAUCUGUCAUUUUAUUGAAUAAUAAUGCUUCUGUUAAGUUUCCAUCUAUGUAGGAUUCCUACUGUUUUGAGUUAAAAGUCAAUUUUGAGUGAUUGAAUGUACUUUUUUGCCAGAUGAAAUCAAGAGGUUGGUGUUGCUUAAAAUGCUUCGUACAAUAUAUUGAACAAUUGUGAUUUUUUUUCUCAUUUUGAUGUACUUUUAUUCAACAACACACAUCUUACAAAGAAGGGUCCACAGGGAUAUGACAGAA